AUGGCUGCCUUGCCUUCUCCUACUCAGGUGGCAGGGACGCACAGUUCUAUAUACGAGGCCUAUUACCAUCAAGUUGAUCCAAAUGGCACUGGAGCUAUACAAGCCUUGGAUGCCGCAAGAUUCCUUAAAAAGUCACGUCUCAGUGACAUUAUCCUCAGCAAAAUAUGGGACUUGUCUGAUCCCAAUGGCAAAGGAUAUUUGGACAAAGCCGGCUUGUUUGUAGCACUGAAGCUGGUCGCUCUUGCGCAGGCGGGCAAGGAUAUAAACAUGAGCAACAUACAUUCUGAAGCACCGCCUCCUAAAGUGGGCGAGUUACCGAAAGUACCGCCGCCAAGCGCUAGCCCAAUGCCGAGUGUUGCCCCACCAGUUAAUGAUUGGAGCAUGAAGCCAGCUGAGCGUGAAAAGUACAGUCAGCUCUUUGAUUCUCUACAGCCUAACAAUGGUUUUAUUCCAGGAAACAAGGUGCGAGGAGUUCUUAUGGAAUCCAAUCUACCAAUGGAUGUCUUGGGCAAAAUAUGGGACCUCGCCGACCAGGACAAAGAUGGAAUGCUUGAUAGGCAUGAGUUCAUUAUUGCAAUGCACCUAGUGUACAAAGUUCUGGAGAAACGCGCUGUGCCCAGCACCCUGCCUCCCGAGCUUCGCGCUCGCCCCCCACGGCCGCCUUCUCGUCCCCCGUCCCGCCCCCCAUCUCGUCCCCCAUCUAGACCACCAUCUCCUCAGCCCCGUGCGCCACCGCCGAGACCUCAGCCACCACCCACACAGGAGACCGACCUCUUUGAUGGGCUAUUGGAUCUUUCUAGCCCACCGUCUUCAACUCCAGCAGCGUCCUCCUGGAUCUCCUCCGCCGAUCGCAUCAAAUACGAUGCGCAGUUUACGCGGUUGGAUACAGAUCGAGAUGGGUUCGUCUCCGGCGCAGAGAUUAGACACGUGCUGCUUGAGACCGGCCUCCCCCAGAACACGCUCGCGCUGAUUUGGGCACUGUGCGAUACGUCGAGCUCCGGUAAGCUCUCUCGGGCCCAGUUUGCUGCUGCUAUGUGUCUAGUGCAGCGCGCGCUGCAGGGGCUCCCCCCGCCCGCAGUGUUACCACCUGAUCUGAUAUCAUCAGCGCCGCUUAUUGCAGCUCCGCCACCUAUUCAGCCCAUACCGGAACCGGUGUCCCUUGGACCUCAGCCAACGCCAGAAAUGGAUGCGAUUGCGCGCGAAGUGGACUCUUUAGCUCGAGAGAGGCUAGCACUAGAGGCAGAAAUAAAUAGUAAGCAAAAGGAGGUGACGGUCAAGACUGGCGAGGUGGACAGUUUGCAGAGUGAGUUGGAUACUUUAACGGCUACCCUUAAACAGUUGGAAAAUCAAAAAGGGGCAGCGCAGAAGAGGUUGAAUGAUUUAAAAUCACAGGUGGAAAAAUUAAGAAGUCAAGUAUCAGCUCAGGAGGCGGCAGCGGCGGAGACAGAAGCGGAGGUAGCAGCGCGUAGGGCCGCUGCUAACACGUUGAAAGAGAAAGAAAGGAGCUUGCAGGAUGAGGCGGCUCAGGCCCACCUCGACGCGGAGAAGCUAAGUGCGCAACUAACAAGCACUGUCCUCGCUGUUAGCCAGGCCAAUAUAAAACUGAACCAUCUAGAAGACCAUCACCGCUCGUUGACGGCGGCGAUAGAAGCAAUCGAUGCCGGCGCUGGCGCCACUGUACUCGCCCUUCAACCUCAAUUCUCCAAGCAGCACCUUCAGCAAUUGGUACGAGGCGCUGAUGACGAGGAGGACGACUUCUCGAAAGCGGACUUUAGCACGAUGAAUGGUUCAGCAGGCUUCGCGUCGGACCCGUUCAAAGAUGACGCUUUCUCGUCUUCCGUACCCACUAACGACCCUUUUGCGCCGGCGCACAAUAAGGCCGCCCAGGAUGGUUUUGGAAGCGAUCCUUUCGCUGGUUCUUCAGAUCCCUUCGCUGGUGAUUCCUUUGGUGGUGCUGAAGCAAACAAGCAAACAGAUGGCGGGUGGGAGUCGGAUCCCUUCGCUGUACUCCACGCUCCGACAAGAAACUCCUCGGCAGCGGGCAACGUUAGCAAUACAGGCAACAGCGCGAGCAACGCCAAGCGGCACAAGACUCCGCCCCCUAGACCGGCGCCACCACGACCCAUGCCGCCGCACAAAAAUGAACGCAAACCUCUCGACUUCACGGAGGACCCCUUCAAAGACUACCGAUACGAAGACCCGUUUAACAUCGAAGACCCGUUCGCUGACGUCAGCGAGAAGAAGGUAGACCCCUUCAACCGACCCACCUCUGUCGCCGGAUUCGAAAAGGAAGACUUUUUCUCGACGACCUCUAACUUGAACGGAACGUUCGCUAGACCAGAACGCAUCAGUGGUAGAGUUUCAGCCCCGCCCGUGGCGUACGAUCCGUUCUCGAAACCGACGAACAACAACGACUCUUGGGCAGCCUGGCCCAACGACAACUGGGCGGCUGACGACGCUUGGUCUAAGCCCGCCCCGCCUAAAUCGGAUGCUUGGUCCACUAUUUCCAAAAAUACAGACUCGAAAACAGACGCUUGGGCUAAUAAAACUGACAACUGGUCUAGCAAAACCGACAAUUGGGCAGUCGAUUGGGGAGGUGAUAAAAACAAAAACCUCAACGAAACGUGGCCUUCUAGCACCCUGCCGAGUAAGAAAGAGAAGUCUCCGAAGCCCGUGAAAUACGCGAAAUCGCUCGUCCACACAAUAGGCGGCAUCGGGCGAUCGAAACAGAAGGAUAAGAAGAAACCGAACGAAGCGAAGAGUGUCGAGUUUCUUCCGUCGGAGGAACAGCAAUGGGCGUGGGCUGCGGCAGAAUCUAAACGUCUCGAGGACGAGGUGGAAGCCAGGAGAAGGCAGGAAGACGCGGAGUUGCAGCUCGCUCUGGCGAUAUCGAGGCAGGAAAAGUGA